AUGCAGACCGCCAAUGACCUGCAAACCACCAACAACACGCAGACCGCCAGCGACACACAGACCGCCAACGACACGCAGACCACCAACAACGAACGAGUCCCCAAUGCCCGCGUGAACGCGAACACCACCAAACCGAAGCUGAAGCCGAAAGCCAAGUCCAAGCCCACCACGAACAAGACAGAUGUUGGCCCUACAUCUCCAGGAUGUCCAACUGAACGAACAGCUAAUAGAAAUCAGGCAGAACCUGGGCAAGGUAAUGAAGAUGUGGUCAUGGCUAGUCCGCCAAAGAUGAAAAUCCCAGCAUAUGGCUCGUCGCGCUCAACUGGUGGAGUCAUUAGAGGUAAAGCUCAUGGCAACACCUUCAAUAUGGGUGAUGCAGAUGCAGUUUGGGAUGAUAUGAAUGUCUUGUCAUACAAUCCUGCUGAGAAACCAGUCCCGGGCAAGAUUCACACCUACAUCUCUGAUCUGAAUCCACCCGAGGUCGACACAAGCCAAUCUUCCUUCGUCACCAAAGUCCAUGACAUCAGCAAAUGCCAGACAAUUCAAGAUAUUGUUCGACAUAGCUCUGAAGACUAUUCUCCUAUUCGCAGUCCCGCCUAUCGUCUUUUUAUCCAUGAUGAAGAAGAUGGCUGGAAUAUUCAGGGGCGUUAUGAGACUAUUGUAGGGCGCCAACCAAAAGCAGAAGACUAUAUUGAAUGGCCUGAUAAGAAGACUACAUAUGAUCCCAGUCAUUCUUUAUCUGUACCAGGCUUUGCUGGCCAUUUUGGUACUACUAGGGGGACUCGGUCUCUUUCUGCAGGAACUCAAUCUCUUUCUGCACAUUCUGGCUCUCAUACUGGCUCUCGUCCAGGCGGGUCUCGUGCUGAUUCUCAUCUUAUCUCAGAACAAGGCUCUUCUAAGGAUCACUGGCUCAUGGGCAAAACGAUAACUCCUGCCUUGAGAAAGCGUCUUAUCCAAGAGCUCAGUAUUAAUGCUACCUUCACAAACCGUUCUGCACCAGGCCUUCGAUUUGCUUGGGGUCGGUAUCAGGAAUGUACAGCCGCUAUCACCAAGGCUCGAGAAAUGCUCAGUACUGGGAACUGGCCUGCAGACCUUCCUCCUUUCACGGAGUUUAUUGUUAUAGAGGUCUUCAUUUGGAAAUCUGCUUGGCAUGCUAACUAUGUCAACACAUUUUUGAAGAUUGCUGAUGAGGAGACAGAAUUCCCAGAAAUGAGAGACUGGUUGGACAGUGACCCUGAACAAGUUCAUCGUUCUGAUACUGAACGAAUUUGGGGUGUUCGAGACCAGACAAAAUUUACAAUGGAGGAUCUGAAGACUUGGGUGGAAAGAGGUGGAACAUUGAAAGCACGGCGAACAUCUAGUCCUGAAGAAGAAGAACACUCAGGGAAAGGAAAGAAGAAGGCUCAGAAGUCUCACAAGAAGUUGUUGAACUUGGUUUCAGUUGUUCUGAACUUUUUUGACAAAUGUCUGGUUACUCUUGGUUAUCUUGCUCUCAGCAUUAUAUGCACUAUAUUCUCCCUUGCUAUUAUGGGUUUUAGCCAUGCCUUUGUUACUCUGCCACUAUUUAUGAAGCUGGUUAUCAUUGUGGCCAUCCUGCCAUUUGUCUCUGCAUCUCCAACAACUCAGCCAUUUCCUGAUAUACCAUUCAGAGAUUUCAGUGCAUUUGUGGAACAGACGUUUGCUCCAAAAUAUCACUAG